CGAUUAGAGACACACAUAGCAAUGGCUCCUCGCAAGGGUAAGGAAAAGAAGGAAGAGCAGGUCAUCAGCCUAGGACCUCAGGUAGCUGAGGGGGAGAAUGUGUUUGGAGUUUGUCACAUCUUCGCAUCCUUCAACGACACCUUUGUGCACGUCACUGAUCUGUCUGGCAAAGAAACAAUUUGCCGUGUGACUGGUGGGAUGAAGGUGAAGGCCGACAGAGAUGAGUCUUCUCCUUAUGCUGCUAUGUUGGCAGCUCAGGAUGUGGCUCAAAAGUGCAAAGAGCUGGGCAUCACUGCUCUGCACAUCAAGCUGAGGGCCACUGGUGGAAACAGAACCAAGACUCCUGGACCAGGGGCACAGUCUGCCCUCAGGGCUCUAGCUCGUUCCGGCAUGAAGAUUGGUCGUAUCGAGGACGUCACCCCCAUUCCAUCAGACAGCACCCGCAGAAAGGGAGGUCGUCGUGGACGUCGUCUGUAAUCUAUUGGAUAUUUUUCAGAAUAAAGUGUCAAAUAAUA